AUGAAAGAUGCAUACUAUCAAGUGGAAUUAGAUGAAGAGAGUAGAGAUUUAACAACUUUUAGCGAUGGAGUUUCACUUGAAAGAGGAGUGAAGUUAAAUCUAAAGAAAUGUCAGAUAGGCCAAAAGGAAAUCAAAUUCUUAGGUCACAUAAUUUCAAAGGAUGGUUGCAUACCAUCUCCAGACAAUAUCAGUGCCAUCCAAGAAAUGAAACCCCCUAAUAAUGUCAAGGAAACUAGGAGAUUUUUAGGAAUGUGUGGUUUUUACAGAAAACACAUUAAGGAUUAUGCUAAAAUUGCUGUUCCCCUGACUAAUCUCUUAAAAGAGAAAGAACCCUUUUUGUGGACACAAAAGAUUGUCAAUCCAGCUUUGAACAGAUGA